GAAGCAGCGUCGGAUGAACCCUCCUUAAAGAGAUAGAGCCACGCCCUCGACUCCGCCUCCUCUCGACAACCAUUGGCUGCAGGCUGCUGUGAGGUGGCAUUUGGGUUUCACCUAGAGCCUAUUGGUCCAGACACUCAUCCGUCUGCGUUAGGCCCGCCUCCUACGAACCUUACAUUUACAGUGUAGCAAAAGAGAAAGUAACUAUGUUGCAGCUGGAGAUCAAUGAAGCUAAGUGAAUGGGGGUUUAAUGUACAAAUCGAUAGCUACAGUGAAGCGCCAAAUGGUGGAGGGAUAUACUUAUUUAUGAAGUAAGUGGAAGUCGCCGCCUACACGCCUAAGAGGAGAGGAGAGGAGUGGAGGUGUGGGAUAGAGAUGUGUUUGUGUGUGUGCGAUGCGAUACUCUCCUUUUUGGGGGGAAAAAAAGACUAUCUUGAGUUCUUCUUGAAUUGCCAGUUUUCAGCCUCCUCAUGCCUCCAUCUCCUUUAGACGACAGGGUAGUAGUGGCACUAUCUAGGCCAGUCCGACCUCAGGAUCUCAACCUUUGUUUAGACUCUAGCUACCUUGAAUCUGCCUCUUCUAUCAGUGAUAACCACGUAGCUGUGAUUGCCACCACCGUUGUGUCUCUAAAGGCUGCGAAUCUGCCGUAUAUGCCCUCAUCCACCUGUUCUGCCCGCUCCCUGAAUUGUGGAUGCAGCAGUGCCAGCUGCUGCACUGUGGCAACUUACGACAAGGACAAUCAGGCCCAGACCCAAGCCAUUGCUGCCGGCACUUCCACCAACAUAGGAACCUCCACUGUCUGUCCUGCCAACCAGAUGGUCAACAACAAUGAAAAUCUUGGCUCUUUAAGUCCUUCGAGUGGGGUGAGCAGCCCCAUGUUGGGGACCCCCAAGCCACUUGCCAGCAUCAAAAUCAUCUACCCCAACGACUUGGCAAAGAAGAUGACCAAAUGUAGCAAAAGUCACCAACAGAGCCAGGGGCCUGUCAUCAUUGACUGCAGACCAUUCAUGGAAUACAAUAAGAGCCACAUCCAGGGGGCUGUCCAUAUUAACUGUUCUGAUAAAAUCAGCAGGAGGAGAUUACAGCAAGGCAAGAUCACAGUCCUGGACUUGAUCUCCUGUAGGGAAGGCAAGGACUCUUUCAAGAGGAUCUUUUCCAAAGAAAUCAUAGUUUAUGAUGAGAAUACCAAUGAACCCAGCCGGGUGAUGCCUUCCCAACCACUUCACAUAGUCCUAGAGUCACUGAAGAGAGAAGGCAAAGAGCCUCUGGUUUUGAAAGGUGGACUCAGUAGUUUUAAGCAGAACCAUGAAAACCUCUGUGAUAGCUCCCUCCAGCUACAGGAGUGCCCAGAGGGUGUUGGGGGAGCAUCUGCAGCCUCCAGUGUGCUACCUCAGCCCCUCCCCCCCACGACCCCUGACAUCGAGAAUGCGGAGCUGACCCCCAUUCUGCCCUGUUUGUUCCUCGGCAAUGAGCAUGAUGCUCAGGACUUGGACACCAUGCAGCGACUAAACAUCGGCUACAUCAUCAAUGUCACCACCCACCUUCCCCUCUACCACUAUGAGAAGGGCCUGUUUAACUACAAACGUCUGCCUGCCACAGACAGCAACAAACAGAACCUGAGGCAAUACUUUGAAGAGGCUUUUGAGUUCAUUGAGGAAGCUCACCAGUGUGGAAAAGGACUUCUCAUCCAUUGCCAGGCUGGAGUGUCCCGCUCGGCCACCAUUGUCAUUGCCUACUUGAUGAAGCACACCCGGAUGACCAUGACUGAUGCAUAUAAAUUUGUCAAAGGCAAACGACCAAUUAUUUCUCCCAACCUUAACUUUAUGGGGCAGUUGCUGGAGUUUGAGGAAGACCUCAAUAAUGGAGUGACGCCAAGAAUCCUUACACCAAAGCUCAUUGGAGUGGAAACAGUUGUGUGACCACCGUGUGAUGUUAUUCUUUGAUUUGCAGGAGGGAGGGUUGAGGUUAUUAUUAUUAUAAUUGUUAUAAUUAUUAUUAAUAUUCUUUUUUUGAGAUUGGGGGUAAAGUUUGUUAGUUGAGACAAACGUUUAAAUUCUCUUUAUUUUUAGCAAGUGUGAGAACAAUUUCAUGUCGGAUGACACUGAGAUUUUUGUGUCCCACAAACUCAUCAAAAAUGGAAACUAAAGAGGUCACAUUAAAAAAAAAAAAGUAGAAACAAAACAGCACUUGGUAUUGUUGUCCCACCUGACUCCCAACCCCCCAUUCUGUUUCCCUUUUUCAGCUACUUGUAGACUUUAUGGCUAAGUAGUCUGUGCAGGUUCAUAGACCCAAUAAAUUACAUUUAAACUUUUUAAAAAAUGUAAUAGCCAAAAUUAAGCAUUAAAGAUAAUGAAACAAAGAGGCCUUGAUUCUGCCAAGGCUAUUGAUACAGAAAACACAAACCAAACCUAGCUGUGGUCAUCAGUAAAAAGAAGGUAUCAGGACAGCUUUAAUCAUCUAAAGAACCCUUCACUCUUUUAAAGAGAUAAAGGUACUGUUAAUUCUGUUUGCUUAUUAUGCUGAGAUUGGGUUUUUUGUUUUUGUUUUUGUUUUUUUUUCCCCCUCUUGGGUUUAAAAGGUUUCUAAACAACAAGGAACUUGACCAUCACGCCAUAUGCCUUCACUGGCUUCUUGUGCAAUAAUAAAAUGUUUUGAGUGUGCAAACCAGUUAGAGCUGGCUCUUUAAUAAUAGAAAGAUAGGACAAAAGUGGCCAGCUUGGAAUUAAGAAAGAGUAAAACAAAAGCAAUGACCUUUUAUUCCCCCUUUUCCUUUGUUCUUUUGAUUUGACUCUGGUUACAGUGCCAUAAACCUUGUUACAUAUGUAUAUCAGAAUGUACAAAAAAAGACAAAAAUUUAUUUAAAAAUAUUUUUCGCACAAAAUAUUGGUGUGUUUCUGUUGUCUAUGUAAAAAAGAUUCAUUUUGAUUAUAAAAAUGAAAAUUCUUUUGG